AUGGUUUUAAUAACGGAGGAGCAAGGCGAAGGUGCAAAACUUCAAGAGAAUGGAGUGGCUGAGACUGAGUUCAGGACCAAUAAAGUGGCUACGGAUACACCUGUCAUGUCCAUCACCAAGACUGAUGAAAAUGUCGUCGAGUGUGAGGUGUCGGGAAAAGGCGAGAAUGACGAGUCUGAUGUUGAUUACACACAGAAUUAUUGGGAGGAUGAUGAUGAUGUAUACCAGGAGUUUGAGGAGCUGGACUUUGAUGCCCUACCAGAUCGCUCGGACACACAGAGCGUUCUCUCGGACGAUUCCUUCUAUCCCCCCAACAAUUCGGUCGGAUAUCACAUGUACCGCUCGCCAAGCCCUGAAAGCCCAGAGCCCAUCUCCUUCUUCAAGGCCUGCUGCAACAACAAUGCCAUCAUCGUCAAGAUUAUGAUCAGACAAGGGGUGACUGAGGAGGAAGUGAGGGAGACGGAUAGAAACCGAAGAUCUGGCCUGAUCAUGGCGUGCUACCAUGGCUACGUGGAUGUGGUCAUCGCCCUCGCUCAGUGCCCGUAUCUUGAUGUCAACUGGCAGGACAAUGAGGGCAACACCGCUCUUAUCACUGCAGCACAAGCAGGGCAUGUGUACAUCUCUAACUACCUGCUCAACUACUUCCCUGGGCUGGACAUCGAAAUGAGGAACUGUCACGGUUUCACAGCUUUGAUGAAGGCUGCUAUGCAAGGCCGGGCUGACACUGUCAGAGCUCUCAUGCUAGCUGGAGGUGACGUGCAGGCACAGAGCAACAGCCGCGCCAUGACAUCCAGGGAGUGGGCUCUCUUCACUGGUCGAUAUGAGACGGCAUACAUGAUGUAUCGGCUGAUGGCGAAGCCCUGUGCUGAGCAGUUCUGUGACUCCUUCUCCCUGGAGUGGCCCAUGCUGGAGGAGCUGGUAGCCCAGGCCCAAGAGCCAAAGUCCUGCUGGAAGCAGUUUGUCAACCUCUCAUCCUGCUGCCCUUACAAGUUUUACAUCAACAACAGGGUAAACCCUGUGGACGAUGGUGUUCUCGACCACAUGGUGCGGGUCACCACCAGUAUCAGCAGUCCGUUGAUAGCCACAGCUUGCCGGACAGUGUGCCCAGGCAGCCCACCAUGCGUCGGAAAGCGGCGCCAUGCAGUGCAGGAGAUCCUGAGGAGGCAACGGGUGGCUGAGCUGAAGCGUCUGGGCCCAGACAGACUGAACAACUACAAGAGAUUUUUCCAGAACUCACGGGUCCAGCUCAUCCCCAAGGCAAAGGACCGGAGGGCCAGCCUCCAGCCUCAGCUGCUGAGCGACAUGGCUACAGCGUCCACAGUGGCUAUAAGACGAGCAAGUCUCCUGCCACUAAAUAUGCUGAGGAGAAGCAGUGUGCGACCAGGCAUUGUGGUGCCCAAGGUGAGACUCUGCAAGGCCCCGGCUCCCAGCUACAAACCAGAAAAACUCAAACAGAGCAGUGACUACAACCAGCUCCAGAUCCCCAAGUGGGAUUACAAAAUGAAGAGAAUAGAAAGGAGGAAGGAGGAGGAGAGGCAGAAACUGGUAUUUGCGACAAAGAAGAGAUGAGGGAAAGGGGAAAAAAAGGGGCACUGUGCUCACAUUAUCUGACAAAGAAAGACAUGACUUGCUGCAACUUCAAAGAGCUUGAGUGUAUCUUGCUGAAAGGCCCUCACAUGGCUCACGCUCGCACAGUGUUUCAGUGCUGGAAAAAUUAACCUGAAGAAUUGACUCUGUUAAUGUGAAUAUAACUGCUAAUAUUUGUUUGCUGAGAUUGCCGAUUUUUGAUUUGUUGCCUUGUUCCUACCUGAAUUUGUGAUGCAAUGUGGAAAAGCUCAGGAAAAGAAUUCCACAUAUACUUUUUGUAAUUCCUGCCCACAGAAAACAUUUUUUCUGUGUCAACAGUUGAUAUUUAUGGUGCAUUCAAUGACAUGUGGCAAAAGAACAAAAGAAGAUGAAGUGUCAGGGCGUCAGUAUGCUUUAAACAAAGUUGAAUGAUAAUCAAAAAGAUUGGGAACCCCUGGUCUAAAGGGCCUGAUAUAGUCCAAAAUGGACACGGACGGAUGGACAUCCAUUAGGUUCUGUUCACUCAAGUGAAUUGGUAUUCCAACUUUGGAAUAUCACCAAACUAAAGGUACCCUGUGGAGGUUUUGACCACUAGUAGCACCAUGUAAUAAUGUUUCUCAAUCAGGAAGAAAAGGCAUUCAACACGUUUGUUAGGCCUCAAGGACACACCUUGCAUUUUGGUGAAAAACACUGAAUGUAAACAUAUUUAAUGUUGGUUUAUAAGAAAACCUCACAGGGCAGCAUUAAGUGUGGCAAUUAGGGACAGCUCUAAACACUUUUGCCCCUAGUUCAUUUCAAGCAUACUGAACCCUUAAAAAAGGUCAUCACCUUUGGAAAAACAAGGGUAGAUGAAAGAAGAAGAAAAGAGGAAAGGUUCAACAACAGAGGAGAUAUUCUGAUUUGGAAAGAAUGAGAAAAGGACACAUUAGGUAAACAGUUGAACAAAGUGAAAUCUGACAGCAGAAUUUGCUGUAUAGGAAAAUCAAGAGGGUAGAAAUGGGUCUUGAGAGGCAGGAAGGUGACAGCCAGAUGGAGGGAUUUCAGCAGAUGGAGAGAAGAGCUCUGACAUGGCCAAAUGAAGAUUCGUAGCUUGCUGCUACGGCAGAUUUCAAACUGGAAAGAAUCGCUGAGCAAUGCGGGAGGAAGCUAAGAAGCCAUUUUAUACUGAUGCAUAGUACAACAGGUAUUUGCAAGGAAGGGAAGAGCUUAUGAACAGUAUUUGACAGCUGAGCUGAGGAGCCAGCUCACACAGGCUUUGUAAAGGCUUUGUGGAGAAUUGGAAAGGCAGAGCCAGAAAUAAACAGCUUAGUAGUGGACUGACUUGUUGACUUGGGGUAUGCAUUUCUUGCUCUACGAGUACAGGAGACAGUCUGAGAGCCACUAUUAGCUGUUUCUGUGUGACUCGAUGCAUAUUUGAAUUUGGCACUGGAAAAUCAGUGAUGAAAAAAGCAUUUGAAAUGCUUUUUUACAUAAUAUAAGUAAAUUAAGUAUAUAUGCUACAAAAGUAUCAGUGAGGAAAAAAAUCUAAAAUAUGGUAAUUUAAAUAUGAAAAUCUCUAUUAAAGAUGGAUGGAAUGAGUUUAUAACGACGUACUGUUUUUCAUAUCACCUUUAUCACCCUCUAGUGGCAACCAGUAUAAAUUGCAACACGAUUAUCUCUGCAUGCCAUGCAGCCCUCCCAUCAGGUUCCUUUCAGUUAUGCCUGUUGAUGCCUGAUGUUAAGCUAAUAAGUGCCCACCAGAAAUUCAAAUAAAUAAAUUAUAUUGCAAGUGGGGCUGUAAAUCACUUUGAUUUAUUGCAGUCAUUUUUUGCUGUGAGGCAGGACAAAUGCGUGUUUAAUAUUUAAUCUGUCAUGUAACUUUUAAGACUUUAGUAAAAUGCUAGUAAACCAUGCAACACCAAAGUGAUGAAUGAGCUGUUUUCUGCUUUAGACCUGCUUGUCUAAGGGCUGGACUAAACUGGUCUGGUCUGGACCACAGUGGACUGGAGUGCUAAGGCCCACCUCCAUGGAUUUCUGCCAAAAAAUAGAGCCGUUAGGUAACAAAGCACAAGACAAAAUAUGAUUGAUUAGUAGCCUGUGCUGAAUUGUUAAUUUCUUCCACUACUGACCAUCUGAACAUUUCUGGUACUCGGAUGUUGACAGGGUGGAGAUAGAGCACUGGAUUGAGAUUCAGAAGCACCAGUGUCUCAGAUUUAUGAUUUUAAAAUCAGUUCAACAAACUGCAUUUCAUUUACUAACUACAUAGCUGACUGAAAGCAAGAACACAAACACUGAAAACCAGAUCAGCAUGCCACAUGUAAUGAAUUGAAACUGGCCUGGCAAAUACAUAUCACUCCAUCCCCAGGCUCUGACAGAAAGACCACAAUUAUAUACAUACCAUUGUGUUGACAGGGCUCUUCUUUCUA